AUGCAGAGCUGCUCGAUGGGAUUCAGCACAGGUCCUUACAGUGAUGACACUCGAGCGUGGCAUAAAGAGAGAGAGAGAGAGGGAGAGAGAGGGAGAGAGGGAGAGCCGCCCGCUCACAGGGCCAGAGGAGGUCAUUCUGGCAUCAUGACUGGACGCCUGGUCUCUCACACCUGUCUGCCAUCAAACAUGGAAAUCUCUGCGCUCACCCUCGACUGCUGCAUGACCAAACUCCGAGUGCAGCACUUCAUUUUAUUUCCAAAUGGGUUAUAA